CUAACCAGUAACCACCAACGCGUCGAGAGUAUUACCAACACGAAAUGGGAAGGCUGUCGUUGAAUUCUUCUCCUCCUCCGGCCCUCUCGUGGGCUUUAUAAGUAGCGAGACGCCGGCGGGUAUCAGACCCCAGAGCAAAACACGGUUGCGUAGGAGGAGAGAGCAGGCGAGACACAAUCCCGCCACUGAAAAAAGUCUCUCCCUCUCCAUCCUCCUCGUCUCCGGCCGGCUGCGGCGGCCAUGGGCGCUCCUCUGUCCUCCUGGCCGUGGGCAGGCCUAGGCGCAUACAAGUACGUGCUGUACGGGCCGCUGGUGGCGAAGGUGGCGCAGGAGUGGCGGGAGCAGGGCGGCGCGCCGACGGACUCGUGGUGCCUCCACCUGCUGCUCCUGCUGGCGCUCCGGUCGCUCAUCCACCAGCUCUGGUUCUCCUACGCCAACAUGCUCUUCUUCACCCGCCGCCGCCGCGUCGUCCCGGACGGCGUCGACUUCCACCAGAUCGACGCCGAGUGGGACUGGGAUAACAUGGUGAUCAUGCAGACGCUGCUGGGGGCCAUGGCGAUCAGCAGCCCGCUGUUCCCGGCGAUGAGCGAGCUCCGGGCCUGGGACCCGCGGGGGUGGGCGGUGGCGCUGCUGCUGCACGUCGCCGUCUCGGAGCCCGGGUUCCGGUGGGCCCACCGGGCGCUCCACCGGGGCCCGCUCUUCAGCCGGUACCACUCCAAGCACCACUCGUCCCCGGUCACCCAGCCCCUCACCUCUGCGUACGGCACGCCGCUGGAGAGCCUGGUCCUGACGCUGGCGAUGGCGGCGCCGCUCGCCGGGGCCUUCCUGGUCGGCGCUGGGUCAGUGAGCCUGGUCUACGGCCACAUCUUCGCCUUCGACUACCUCCGGUGCAUGGGGUACAGCAACGUGGAGGUCAUCUCCCACAGGGCCUUCCAGGCCUUCCCGCUCCUCCGAUACCUCAUCUACACCCCAACGUACCUGAGCCUGCACCACCAGGAGAAGGACUCCAACUUCUGCCUCUUCAUGCCGCUCUUCGACCUCCUCGGCGGCACCGUGCACCCCAGGUCCUGGGAGCUCCAGAAGGAGGUCGACCAAGGGAAGAACGACCGGGUGCCGGACUUCGUGUUCCUGGCGCACGUGGUGGACGUGGUGUCCUCCAUGCACGUGCCGUUCGCGUUCCGGGCGUGCAGCUCGCAGCCCUGGACGACGCGCCUCGUGCUGCUCCCGCUCUGGCCCAUCGCCUUCUGCCUCAUGGUGCUCCAGGUGCUCUGCUCCAAGACCUUCACCGUCAGCUUCUACUGCCUCCGCGGCGCGCUCCACCAGACCUGGACCAUCCCGCGCUACAGCUUCCAGUACUUCAUCCCGCCCAUGAAGGACGGCAUCAACCGCCAGAUCGAGCUCGCCAUCCUCAGGGCGGACAGGAUGGGCGUCAAGGUGCUCAGCCUCGCCGCGCUCAACAAGAACGAGGCGCUCAACGGCGGCGGCACGCUCUUCGUCGACCGGCACCCCGACCUCAGGGUGAGGGUGGUGCAUGGUAACACGCUCACCGCCGCCGUGAUACUUAACGAGAUCCCGGGGAGUGUCAAGGAAGUGUUCCUCACCGGCGCCACCUCCAAGCUCGGCCGGGCCAUCGCGCUCUACCUCUGCCGGAAGAGGAUCAGAGUCCUGAUGCUGACGCUGUCGUCGGAGCGGUUCCUGAAGAUCCAGAGGGAGGCGCCGGCGGAGUUCCAGCAGUACCUGGUGCAGGUCACCAAGUACCACGCCGCCAAGACCGUCAAGACGUGGCUGGUGGGGAAGUGGCUGUCGCCGAGGGAGCAGCGGUGGGCGCCGGCGGGCACGCACUUCCACCAGUUCGUGGUGCCGCCGGUGAUCGAGUUCCGGCGGGACUGCACCUACGGCAAGCUGGCGGCCAUGCGGCUGCCCAAGGACGUGCAGGGGCUCGGGUCCUGCGAGUACACGAUGGAGCGCGGGGUGGUGCACGCGUGCCACGCCGGCGGGGUGGUGCACUGCCUGGAGGGGUGGGAGCACCACGAGGUGGGCGCCAUCGACGUCGACCGCAUCGACGUCGUCUGGAAGGCGGCGCUCAGGCACGGCCUCUCGCCGCCGUGACGCCGGCCACGAGCCUCUGUAUGUACUGUACGUGCACGGCGGCCGGAAUAACGCGCCGACUGCCCGUUGGAACGUUGGGUGUGCGUGCGUGUGUUGAUAUACUUGAUAAGUUGAUGAUGUAGCCUUGGAUGGUCACGUGUUAUGUAAUAUACGUAGUACGAAUACCGCAAGAGCGACAGGAGACGGCUUGUUUGUAACUCCGUGACACCAGAAAGAAAUGUGAUGGGAGAUCGUUUCGACGCUCUA